ACUGAUCUGUUUCAUUUUAAGCUGAACUUAUAAAGGAAGAAGAUGGUUCUUUCUCAAGUGGGAAUUGCAGAACCUGAUUCAUCCUUUGUAGCUGACCUGCAGUUACCAUAUGGAGAUGUUAAUAUGGCUGAGAAAAAUCAGGCCUCGGGUGCGGAGAACAACCUGUACAACCAGUACGAGGAGAAGGUACGCCCCUGCAUUGAUCUGAUCGACUCCCUGCGUGCGCUGGGUGUGGAGCAGGACCUGGCCCUGCCAGCCAUUGCUGUCAUUGGGGACCAGAGCUCAGGCAAGAGCUCCGUGCUGGAGGCGCUGUCGGGAGUCGCCCUUCCUAGAGGCAGUGGAAUUGUGACAAGAUGUCCUCUGGUGCUGAAACUGAAAAAACUUGUGAAUAAAGAUGAGUGGAGAGGCAAGGUCAGUUACCAGGACUUAGAGAUCGAGAUUUCAGAUGCUUCCGAGGUGGAAAAGGAAAUCAAUAAAGGUAAGGACCCUACAUUUGGAUUGUCCCAUUGGAUGCCUGGUGAACUAAUCAGCCUGGAGAUCAGCUCACCCCACGUCCCAGAUCUGACUCUCAUAGACCUUCCUGGCAUAACCAGGGUGGCCGUGGGCAAUCAGCCUGCUGACAUUGGGCGCCAGAUCAAGAAACUCAUCAAGAAGUACAUCACCAAGCAGGAGACCAUCAACUUGGUGGUGGUCCCCAGUAACGUGGACAUCGCCACCACGGAGGCGCUGAGCAUGGCUCAGGAGGUGGACCCGGAGGGGGAUAGGACCAUAGGAAUCUUGACAAAGCCUGAUCUGGUGGACAAAGGCACAGAAGAUAAGGUUGUUGACGUGGUACGAAACCUCGUGUGCCACCUGAAGAAGGGCUACAUGAUUGUCAAGUGCCGGGGCCAGCAGGACAUCCAGGACCAGCUGAGCCUGGCUGAGGCUCUGCAGAGAGAGAAGGCCUUUUUUGAGGACCACCCGUACUUCAGGUACACUCGCCUGGGUUUCUCCAAAGCAGAUGUCUGCUGUGUGUGUGUGUGUGUGUGUGUGUGUGUGUGUGUAUCGGCAAUGACUCUAGAACUUUCAUGGAAGAAUGAAAGGGGAAUUCACUAAGCACUAGAAAAAUAUAAUUAAAAAUCUUCAAAAUAAGGAAGAGGCCCUGUACAAUACUUUAAAUAGUCUGGUUCUGGAAGUAGAAUAGAAACAUAAACAGAAGAGAAGAGAAAAAAGUCAAAAGCCUAGAAAUAGUCCCCACUACAUAUAUAUUUGACACAUGGUAAAUUCCACAUUUCAAAUCAACUGGUUAUAUCAGUUUGAUUAUCAACCAGUGGCAUUGGGAUGAUUGCUUAAUAUUUGGAGAAACAUUUACAUAGUGCCCUUAACACCUUAUACUGAAAUAAAUAUCAGUUGAAAUUUAAAAUUAAAUAUAACAAUGACGCAUAAACACCCUGGAAAUAGAUAUAGACAGAUGGUUUAUACCCCUCUGUGAACACUCUCAGGCCAAAGGUAAAAUUUUUCGUAAAAGGAAAAGAUGAGUAAGUUGAUGAGAUUUAAAACAAUGAGACUAUGUAGAGUUGUGAAAAUUUCUUGGGUUCACCUCUACCAGAAUCCUGCAGAAAAACCUACUUAGAAUUAUAGGGGUAUCAAAUAGAUAC